GUGUGCGAGUCUUUUAAUUUACUUCUCCGAAAAAAAAACCAUAGAACCUAGAACUUGGAAAAUUUGAAGAACCAGAGCUAAACAAACUCGUUGUCGUUCUACUUUCUUUCGAAACCCUAGAAGAAGAAGAAGCUUGGUCUUAGGGUUUAGUGAUGAAGAGCUCUAUUCGAAUUCAAGUUCUAUUUGGGUUUAUGUGAGACAUUGUGUGGUUUUAUUUCCAGGAAGAAUUGGUACCAGUUUUAGUUUCGGGUUAAUUCUUCUCAUUGUUUAUCUCUACUUCCAUGAUUGGUCUUCUUCACUUAUGAUCUCAAAGAUCAAUCUUUUCAAUUGCUCUUGGAUUCUGAGUUUAAUGGAUAACAAGAUUUGCUAUGAAUGGUUUCACACUACUGUUGGAAGAUCUAUAGAAUGAGCAAUAUUGCUCGUUGAGCAGAGAAUAUAUAAAAUAUAUAACAAAGAAACUUGAUAGAUUAAAAUCAAAUCCAAUUUGUUGUUAUUUUCGUUUUCGUGUGCAGAUGUUUCCAGUUAGGAGGUUUAAGUCUAGUUAUUAUUACAGUUUCUUUUUUACUUGUUUGCUAAUUUUACUCUAUUUCAUAAACUUGUUAUCUACAGAUAUUCUUUUGAUGUUUGGUGCUUACUAGUUGGGGAUGGAAAUGAGUGGUCUGGGAAGAAAACGUGUUUCAAAGUGGGACUCUAAGGAAGACACACACCAUCAUCAUUCUAGCGUAAAUGCAAACUCGGCUUCUUAUUACCGCGACAAAGAGUCUGAGCCUGUCCGGUUCAAUGCAGAGAGUAACGGUGAAGCUAGGACUAGAAGCAGAGUUUCACAGAAUAACGAUAACAGUUAUUUUUCUGAACAAGAUGGUACUAGGCAACAGUUUGUCCGUAGGAGUGGAAGUAGAAGUAAUAGCAGGAGUAGAAGCCGUAGUAGAAGCCCAGUCUAUAGAGCUAGACGAGACGCGGGAUCUUAUGACAGACACAAGACGAGAACACAAGUUUCUCCUACGCCAAUCAGAGAAUUCAAUAAGAGAGGCAGUGAUCAUUUGUUUGAUCAAAGCAGAAGUGAUCAUUAUGGUUGGGAAGAUAACAUUAGAAAGCCGAGGGAGACCAAAUAUCACACCGAUGAUUUCAGAGAAGAGGCAAUGAUGGAAGGUGCAAGGUCUUCUGACUAUAAUAAUACUGAUUAUCCCGAGGAUAAUUCGAGAAUAAGAAGGCGAAGAAGCGAGUUUACGGGAGAGAAGGAAACACAAAGAAGGGAUGGUGGUGAUGGUGAAGGAGGAUUCCACAGGAGUUCGAAUAUUCCGUGUAAGUUUUUCGCUGCGGGGACGGGGUUCUGUCGUAAUGGCAAGUAUUGCAGGUUUUCUCAUCAUGUUGCUGAUAGAAAACAGCCUCAAGACAACAACAACAACUUUUAUAGACAGGACAAUAACAAUCAUACUAGUGGUCAUAAUAAAUGGAAUGAUGUUGAAAGAUUGGACAAUGGAAGAGUAGGCGGAAUCGAAGUUUCUCGUGCCAGUAAGAAGGGAGUUUCUGAAUCUAAAGGGAAUGGUAGUAGUAGCUGGAUUGAUGACAUGGAGAUGUCUCCUGAUUGGAAUUAUGGAGUCCAAGCUUUAAAGAAGCCUGUGAAGGAAGACCAUAGUGUUGGUAUUAUUGGUCAGAGUUCACAAUCUCGAGUUCUUAAAGAUGAUCAGAGGAGUAGUGGUAUGUUUUCACAUGGUGGCAGAACUAUGGCUGAGAAACCUGUAGCUGCUUCACAUCAGAGUUACAGUAAUUCAGUGAAUGUUGCGCCAGUUGAAACAUUCAAUCAGAAUCAUAAUGCAUUACCGUACCAAAGCUCACUAACUGCUGGAGGAAGUCAACAAGUGCUAGCUGCUGCUGCUACAAAUUUCUCAGUAGGCUCCAACUUGAGCAAUCUUGAGAGUGGAAAAGUUUAUCAAGAUAAUCAUCACUCAACUGUGGAGAAACCUGUUUUGGUCCAAAAUACAGUAAGUAGGGAACAAAUCGAUCAGAUUACUAACAUCUCAGCAUCUCUAGCGCAGUUUCUUGCAAAUGGUCAGCCCAUUCCACAGCUUGAACAGGCAUUGCAGCUGCCUCUGCAUUCAGAAUCUGUUCAACCAAAUCAGGCUACUACUCAAAGUAAUGUAGUGAGUAGUAAUCCAAAUCAGCUAUGGGGAUUAGGGAUGAGCACUGGCGCUGAAGGAGUCCCCGCGGUUACUGCAUCAAAGAUAAGCAAUGUCGAAGAGAUUCAAGAAGUAUCGCUAGAUCCCAAGGAAAACGGGGACAAAAAGACUGAUGAAGCUAGCAAGGAAGAAGAGGGUAAGAAAACUGGAGAAGACACUAAUGAUGCUGAGAAUGUCGUGGAUGAAGAUGAAGAUGGUGAUGAUGAUGGGAGCGACGAAGAGAACAAGAAAGAGAAAGACCCGAAAGGAAUGCGGGCGUUUAAGUUUGCUUUAGUUGAGGUUGUAAAAGAGCUUUUAAAACCAGCUUGGAAAGAAGGUAAGCUGAACAAAGAUGGUUACAAAAACAUAGUGAAGAAGGUAGCUGAGAAAGUGACUGGUACAAUGCAAAGUGGAAACGUUCCUCAAACACAGGAGAAGAUUGACCAUUAUCUAUCCGCUUCGAAACCAAAGCUUACCAAGCUCGUUCAGGCAUAUGUCGGCAAAAUCAAGAAGACCUAAUAUGAAUUGUACUCCCAUGUUGUCUUAAUACAAUUCCUUAUCUUUCCAUCAUCAUAAAUCUUGAGAGCUGCAGUGAAAAAUGGUUGUUAAUCUUUGGAGGUGAUGCUUAGAAGAGCAGGUGAUGCUUUGUUGUCCCCAUUAGAGAGAUUUUGUCCCAAUUCUUUUUUCUUCUUUUUCGACAUAAUGUGAUAUGGUCCAAGUCUGAUAAUAGACCAAGAUUGCGUUUAUGUCCUUUGUUUUUUUUAUAUAGAAACUUAGAACCAAUUUCAGUGAUCUCUUUGUGACUAUUAUAUAUGUUGAAUUUGUCUUUUAGCCCUUUUGCUUUUGUUCUUCUCAACAGAAC